UUUUCAUAGCUUCAGGAUCUUGUCUACUACAGCUAUUGUACUUUUGUGGAAAGGAAUAUCAAGCUGUCUGACCGGGUUCUGUGUACCAUGAUUCCGCCGGGGGACUGUUUAUAUGCCGGGAGGAAGAGGAGAAAGCCUGUCCAAAAGCAAAAACCAGCCUCGGCCAACCAGAAGUCCAACCCGUCCAAGCGGCACCGCGACCGGCUGAACGCAGAGCUGGACCGGCUGGCCAGUCUGCUGCCCUUCACCCCCGACGUCAUCUCCAAACUGGACAAACUGUCCGUGCUACGCCUGAGUGUCAGUUACCUGCGUGUCAAGAGCUUCUUCCAAGCUAUUCAGGAGAAGCCUUGCAGCAAGCACAGCAGUGAGCCCCCCAGUGCUAUGACCGACCCCAGGAAGGAGGCCUUUCCGGCGGGGUGCGGUGUGGUGGAGAGCGACCUCCUACUGGAGUCUCUCACAGGGUUUGCUUUGGUUGUGAGCUCUGAUGGCAUAAUCUUCUACGCCUCAUCGUCUAUUGUCGACUACUUGGGCUUCCAUCAGACGGACGUGAUGCACCAGAACGUCUUUGAUUAUAUCCAUGUGGACGAGCGGCAGGAGUUCAGAAGACAGCUCCACUGGGCCAUGAACCCUGCCCAGCAGGAGCACCACGCAGCCUCAGGAACUGGAGAGGACUUUGUGGUGGGCAGUCUGUUCAACGCCCAGGAGCCAGACGGCGUCCCUCCUGAACUUGUCCCAUUCCUCACGCGUUGCUUUAUCUCAAGGCUCCGCUGCCUGCUCGACAGCACCUCAGGCUUUUUGAGUUUGCAGUUCCAGGGCAGCCUGAAGUUCCUGCAGGGACAGAAGCGGAAGACUGAGUCCGGGGCCCUGCUGCCGCCCCAGAUGGCCCUCUUCUGCGUGGCCACGCCCCUGGUGCUGCCCUCCAUCAACGAGCUCAAGAUGAAGAACAUGAUGGUCAAGAACAAGCAGAAGGGCAACUGUGAGAAGAGACCCCGUGUGUCCAGAGGAGAGAGUGGUGACCUGUUGCUGCUGAACUGGCCAGGCAGCAGCUCUUCCAGCCACAGCCCGUGGCGAUCCCUCUCCAAAGAGGCCCUCAAGUACAAGGGCGAGGGCUACCUCUCCUCCCAGGACGAGCCGCUCAACUUCUGCCUGUCCUCGCUGGGCGGCCCAAAGGUCCAGCACGUGGACGGCCCCUGGGACAUGUGCUCUGGCGCGGGCCUUCGCAUUGGUCCUGGUGCUGGUUACCUUCCAGGGAAGCUUGGCAAGUAUGGCAAGUAUGCGUUCCCCCACGGUACUCACAGCCACAGGGGCGAGACGUCCCACAGCAAGUUGUACGAGAGCCUCCAUGCCCCCGGCCUCGAGGACUACUGUGGAGACGCGGAGAAGGUGGAGGGCCGCUACAUGGCGCACGGGGAGUGCUACAACGGCAUGCUGCUCCCUGAGACGGCCAUCAAGACGGAGCAGGACUCGGACUCGGAGAAUGGUUGCCACACGUACACUGGCCCGCACCACAGCGGCGCCUGGCCCGUCAGCGAGAGACGCUACGGAGUCGGACUCGCGUACCCAGACAGCCCCCAGGUGAAAAACGAGUCCAGCUUCUACGACCACUACAACGCGUGCCAGCGUAGCAAGGCUGCCAUCAGCCCACCCCUCAACGGGCACCACAAGUACCUGUACGCCAGUGGCAGCAGCAGCAGCGGCAGCAGCAAGCCCCUGAAGUGCGUCCUGAACAAAGACACCGCAGAUCCGCUCGGCAGCAGUCAGGGUGGCAACUGCGUGGACGGGCACAUGUAUGCCAACGGCGUGGCGGAGCACAAGGCUUACAUGCAGCAGGACUACAAGCUCUACGAGUUCAGAGGUCGUGGCCUGGUGCACACCAUCAAGCGGGAGCCCAUGGACUCUCCCCCCUGGUCGGAGGGCAGCCAUGAUCUGAGCCAGAUACAUGCUCAGAGGAACAUCAUGGCGAACUGCACAAUGAAUGCUAUUGCACACAAGACAAAUCCCUACAUAUACAUGCAGUAAACUUCAGCUGGGGGCCAAUAAUCUCUCUUUUUGCAGUCUUUUAUUUGCAGUGAUUUUGUGUUAUUUUGUUCUUCAAACAAUUCUUCCACUUAAACUCAGGAUUACCUCAAUUUGACAGUGAAAUGGGAUUUUCAUUUCAGUGAUUACAUUUUUAUAAAGAGGCACUUUUUACAUGAUUUAGCAAUAUUUUUUUGAGUGGUUAAAUUGACCUUAAACGUUACCUCAAACGCUGUAUGAAAUUGUGAAAGAUACAGAGUGAAUCCCAUGUCUUUCAGCAUAUUUCUAGUGUGUUCCAGUUUAGAUUUCUGUAUUAUUGUGAUUUUAGAUCACAACAUUGUAGGCUAAUCUGGGAAAAAUGUGUUAAUCUGAACCAGACAUUGUAAGAGUAACUCUUCAGAGGAAUUUACAACUUCAGAUACCAAUAAAGCUGUGUGCUUUGUUAUUUGUUUUACCUUUCACUUUACUGCCAUUUCCUCUAAUGAUAUGAAGAACAAUAAAAAUCGUGUGUUUUCAUGCUCUCUGAUUUGAAAUGGUAGCCUAUGUUUUGAAUAAAAAAUGGA